AUGUGCGCGUCAACCACACGCGGCGUGUCACGCCGUCGACGUCGCUGCUGCUCAACAAUCGACACGUACACCAGCGAGCGAGCCGACCGCGCUGGCCCCCAACAACAGCACAUGUAUCUACGCCAUAUCAUAGAACAUCGUUGCAAAACCGCUGGCAAAAACUCGCUCUUCUACGUGUUCCUGUUGGCUGUCAGCACGUAUCUCCUGGAGUAUCGUCGCUAUCUGGCUCCGACGAACAUUCAGUUGCUGCACAAGGAGAUUGAAGAUGAAGCGCAGGAAGGUUACGCACUAGCCAUGACGCCAAAGGUGAAGAGCACAGACGACUCGAACUCAGACACGUCGCAUGACGAGGUUAUGGUGGCUGUCCCGCGGCGUGAGAAGAGCUUCACCCCUGUGUCUAUCGCAUUCACGGAUCUGUGGUAUUCGGUACCGAACCCGACCGAUACGAAGGAGACUCUUGACUUGCUCAAAGGAAUCAGUGGCUAUGCAACGCCUGACGACAUUGAUGACGUGAUUGCUGGUCGCAAGACUGAAGGUACAAUCCACGGCAAGAUCUUCUUGAACGGCUAUGAAGCCAACGACCUUGCUAUCCGACGUGCAACGGGUUACUGUGAGCAGAUGUACGUCCACUCGGAGGCUUCUACGAUGCGUGAGGCACUUACCUUCAGUGCGUUCCUACGUCAGGACAGCAGCAUCCCGGAUAGCAAGAAAUACGACACGGUGGACGAGUGUUUGGACCUGCUGGACAUGCACGACAUUGCCGAUGCCGAGUGGCCAUCAUCUGACCCGGACUGA